AUGACACGAUCAAAAAUGAUCUUCGAAUGCCUAAAUUUCCGCAUCGGCAUGAAACGGGCUCUUCCAGAUCGCGUCAAGUUCCUUUGUUGGUAUGCACCACGGACCACAUACAAAGGCAUCGCUCGAGAACAGCCUGCCGAAACUGGUGUCAACUCUCCAGACGCCAAAGGUAAUUUGUCACUGUGGAGCCUGAUCUUGAUGCUCAUUGCUGCGAGACAAUACCACGUUACUCGUCGUCAGUCUUGCUCAGUCUGGCAAUAUCUGUACUGGCUCCGUGUCCCUGGAAUCACCAUCUCAAGCACGUGGCUGAUCCGCGAACCCUUUGUACCAUUCAAUGCUGGGCUGAAGAGGCCGGUCUUUUGGAAGUCCAUGAGCAUCUCUGCCGUUCAGAACGGCGUGCAUUCCAGCACGAGGAUCCGGAAUGGAGGGCCGCGCUGCUCUGACACGCAGUAUCGCAGCCCAGCACAAUUCGGUAGGCAAGGCCAUGCAUAUCGCUGGUAUUGCAGCACUUCCACAGUGCACGGGGAUGAUCUGAGCCCAUCCUCGGCCACCCAGAGGAAAGGGUCAGAGAUGCUGCAGCGUCCGAUCGGGGCAAUCCAUCUCUGCAUCGAAGCCAUCGCAGUGUCUAUCGACUCUAGUUCUGCCAGGAGGUUUGCCAAGCCUUUUCGCCAUCACCCGCAACAUAUUCUAGUGGAUGGCCGGAGACCACUGUCGCUUCUGCUGCUCAAGACUGGUCGGCCGAACAAGGCCCAGCGAAAGGAGAUGUUCAACCAGAGAUAUGACUGGGAGGAAGAUAGGCGCGAGCAACGACUUGAACGUAGACUUGAAUGCGGAGACUGGAUCUCUAUCGCUUUGAGCGACCUGAAGGAAAAUCGCCACUACCUUGAUCAAUAUGGCGUUGAAGGUUUCUUCAAAGACAGCAUCGCGAAGCUGCAGGAGCUGGACACCGCUCCAAUGCUCCUUUUCGUAUUGAUAACCCAGCGCACGAAGACUGAUAUUUCCUAG